CUUUUCUGUCCCAAUGAAUUCUUAUAUACAGCUCCGUUUAACAUUUAACCAAUGGUUUUUGGUGUUUUAUGACUACGCAGCUCGAUGUUCCUGAAGCAUCACUACGGGGUUGGUUACACUCUUACGCUAGUAAAGACUUCUCCAGCUGUCUCUGUUGCCACACAGAUAGUUCAUCGUCACAUUCCAUCAGCAACCUGUGUGAGUGAGGUGGGCAACGAAAUCUCUUUCAAGCUUCCUUUGGCAUCCUUGCCUUGCUUUGAAAAUAUGUUCAGAGAAAUUGAGAGUUGCAUGAAGAGUUCUGUUGACAGAUCUAGGAUAAAUGAGAUUGAGGAUUCAGAUUAUCCUGGUAUUCAGAGCUAUGGUAUAUCUGUCACAACACUUGAGGAGGUGUUUUUGAGAGUUGCUGGCUGUAACUUAGAUAUAGAGGAUAAGCAGGAAGAUACAUCUGUUUCUCCUGAUACCGAGCCUUCUUUGGUGUGCAUUGAGUCUGUUCAGAAGAGCACUAUCCAACCCAAAUUACUAGCAAGUUGUAAUGAGGGCGCUGGAGUUGUUAUUACCUCAAUUGCAAAAGCUUGCAGUUUAAUCGUUGCUGCAGUUUGGACUUUCAUUGGAUUCAUUAGCAUGCAAUGUUGUGGUUGUUCCGUUAUCUCAAGGUCAAUGUUUUGGCGGCAUUGCAAAGCAUUAUUCAUAAAAAGAGCAAGAUCUGCUUUCAGAGACCGCAAAACAGUGGCGUUCCAGCUCAUCAUCCCAGCAAUGUUCUUACUUUUUGGCCUUCUUUUACUACAGCUCAAGCCACAUCCUGAUCAGAAAUCCAUUACGUUGACAACUGCGUAUUUUAAUCCUCUUCUGAGUGGCAAUGGAGGUGGCGGUCCGAUUCCUUUUGAUCUAUCUGAGCCAAUUGCCAAAGAGGUUGCAGAAUAUAUUGAAGGAGGCUGGAUUCAGCCCUUGAGGAAUAGUUCAUAUAAGUUCCCUAAUCCAAAAGAGGCAUUGGCUGAUGCAAUUGAUGCAGCAGGUCCCACGUUGGGCCCCACUCUACUUUCUAUGAGCGAAUUUCUGAUGUCUAGUUUUGAUCAGUCAUACGAGUCAAGGUAUGGGGCAGUUUUAAUGGAUAGUCAGCAUCCAGAUGGGAGUGUAGGAUAUACCGUGUUACACAACAGUACUUGCCAGCAUGCUGGUCCUAUCUACAUCAAUGUUAUGCAUUCUGCGCUUCUCCGACUUGCUAGUGGUAACAAGAAUAUGACAAUUCAAACACGAAACCAUCCUUUGCCUCCAACAAAAAGUCAGCGCUUACAGCGUCAUGAUUUGGAUGCCUUUUCAGCUGCAAUUAUUGUAAGCAUUGCAUUCUCAUUCAUCCCGGCCUCCUUUGCAGUUCCCAUUGUUAAGGAGCGAGAGGUGAAAGCGAAGCACCAACAGCUUAUUAGUGGGGUUUCUGUUCUUUCAUAUUGGUUAUCAACAUACGUAUGGGAUUUCGUCAGUUUCUUAUUUCCGUCAACAUUUGCAAUAAUCCUCUUCUACGCUUUUGGUCUGGAGCAGUUUAUCGGAAUGGGUCGGUUUCUGCCAACUGUCCUAAUGCUUUUGGAGUAUGGUUUGGCAAUUGCAUCAUCAACGUAUUGUCUUACAUUUUUCUUCACCGAGCAUAGCAUGGCUCAGAAUGUUAUUCUUAUGGUCCACUUCUUCUCUGGUCUUAUCUUAAUGGUUAUCUCAUUUGUCAUGGGCCUUAUUCCAACCACAGUUAAUGCAAACUCAUAUCUAAAGACCUUCUUUAGACUAUCACCAGGAUUUUGCUUCUCUGAUGGAUUGGCUUCGUUAGCUCUUCUAAGGCAGGGGAUGAAAGACAAAUCCAGUCAUGGGGUGUUUGAUUGGAAUGUCACUGGAGCUUCCAUCUCAUACCUAGCUUUGGAGAGUAUAUUCUACUUCCUUUUGACGCUUGGGCUUGAGCUCUUGCCUGUUCAAAAGGUGAUGUCUUUCUCAAUUGGGGAGUGGUGGCAGCAUUUUAAAGUUUUCAAGCAAGGUGCUGGUUCUAGUUCUACAGAGCCGCUUCUCAAGGAUUCCACUGGAGCCAUUUCGGCUGAUAUGGAGGAUGACAUAGACGUGCAAGAGGAAAGAAACAGGGUGAUUUCAGGGUUGACAGACAACGCCAUAUUCUACUUACAAAACCUGAGGAAGGUCUAUCCUGGCUCCAAUCAUCACGGCCCAAAAGUAGCUGUACAGUCUUUGACUUUCUCGGUCCAAGCAGGAGAAUGUUUUGGCUUUUUAGGGACGAAUGGAGCUGGAAAGACUACUACCUUGUCUAUGUUAUCUGGAGAGGAAACACCAACUAGUGGAACUGCCUUUGUCUUUGGCAAAGACAUAGUGGCGAGUCCCAAAGCUAUCCGUCAGCAUAUUGGCUACUGCCCCCAGUUUGAUGCUUUAUUCGAAUAUUUGACUGUGAAGGAGCACCUUGAACUUUAUGCAAGGAUCAAAGGAGUGGUUGACUAUAGAAUUGAUAACGUGGUUAUGGAAAAGUUAGUCGAGUUUGACUUGUUGAAGCAUUCUCACAAGCCAUCGUUCACUCUUAGCGGCGGAAACAAACGCAAACUAUCCGUUGCUAUUGCAAUGAUUGGAGAUCCUCCCAUUGUCAUCCUUGAUGAACCAUCUACAGGUAUGGAUCCUGUUGCCAAAAGAUUCAUGUGGGAUGUGAUUUCUCGCCUGUCCACAAGGAGUGGAAAGACAGCGGUUAUUCUGACUACUCAUAGCAUGAAUGAAGCUCAAGCGCUUUGCACUAGGAUCGGGAUCAUGGUUGGUGGCCGCCUGAGAUGCAUAGGUAGUCCACAACACUUAAAGACGCGCUUCGGAAACCACCUUGAGUUAGAGGUCAAACCCAACGAAGUGAGCCAUGUGGACUUGGAGAACCUUUGCCAGAUGAUUCAGCAGUGGCUGUUUAACGUUCCUUCUCAGCCUAGGAGUUUACUUGGCGACCUCGAAGUUUGUAUCGGUGUCUCUGACUCUAUAACUCCUGAUACGGCCUCAGCAUCAGAAAUCAGUUUGUCACCAGAAAUGAUACAAAGCAUUGCCAAGUAUCUGGGUAAUGAGCAGAGAGUGAGUACUCUAGUACCUCCCAUGCCUGAGGAAGAUGUUGGAUUCGAUGAACAGCUAUCAGAACAGCUCUAUAGAGAUGGUGGUAUUCCGCUGCCAGUAUUUGCGGAGUGGUGGCUAACCAAAGAAAAGUUUUCAGCAUUGGACUCUUUCAUACAAACUUCGUUUCCAGGUGCAACAUUUAAGAGCUGCAAUGGAUUGAUCAUUAAAUACCAGUUGCCAUUUGGGGAAGGAGGAUUGUCACUUGCAGAUACCUUUGGAUACCUUGAAAGAAACCGGAAUCAGUUGGGCAUAGCUGAAUACAGCAUAAGCCAGUCCACACUUGAGACUAUAUUCAACCAUUUUGCAGCUAACUCAUAACCAGUGAAACCAUUAUUGCGGCUUUUGUAUAACCCAAAACCAUUCCAUGAACACACUAAAGAGAGAUCUGAUCACUCACCAAAAUAGUUGUAUAUAUGGCACAUAUAUGAAAAACAUGUGUUCUUAACGUUCAUAUAUAUAUACACACUGUUGUAAUGCACUAUGUUUUGAACAGUAUCAAUAGUACUAUGUUUUCAUC